UUUUGUAUUGACUUGUCUAUAGAUGCUGUUUUCUUCCAUGGACAAAACCAUAGAAUAAAUCAUGUUGUUGUGUAGUUGAUCACAGUACAGGACAACACCAAUACAUACAAAUACAAAAGCCUUGUUAACACAACAAACAAGCACACUAAGACAUUUUAGAAGAAUGUCUUCUACAUCUCAACAGAAACUUCCUACCAUUUUCUUAUUUGUUGUUUUUCUUCUUCUUUCUUCACUUAGUCCUGCCCUCUCACGCCACCACCGCCAAUUGGCGGCCAACCAAACUUUCCGGCCACGCCAAGAGCUGCAGAGGCUGAAGAGAGCAAGAGCUUAUCUAGGGAAGAUCAACAAGCCUGCAGUCAAGACAAUUCAGAGUCCUGAUGGUGAUGUGAUUGAUUGUGUUUUAUCUCAUCUUCAGCCGGCUUUUGACCAUCCUCAGCUCAGAGGACAGAAGCCAUUGGAACAACCUGAGAGGCCGAGAGGUAAUGACUCCGCGGAUGCAAUGACAGAAAGCCUUCAGCUAUGGGGAAGUUCUGGCCAAUCAUGUCCGGAAAACACCAUUCCAAUCAGAAGAGCUACAGAGAGAGACGUUCUUCGAGCCAGCUCAAUCAGAAGAUUUGGGAGAAAAUUGAGAAGAGGCGUAAGGCGUGACACGAUGAGCAGUGAUCAUGAACAUGCAGUCGCUUUUGUGAAUGGAGAUCAGUAUUAUGGAGCAAAGGCCAGCAUGAACGUGUGGACACCCCGCGUAACUGAUCGAUAUGAAUUCAGCCUGUCACAGUUAUGGAUCAUCUCUGGCUCAUUUGACAAUGAUCUUAAUACCAUUGAAGCUGGUUGGCAGGUUAGCCCAGAGUUAUAUGGAGAUAAUUAUCCCAGGUUCUUCACUUACUGGACAAGCGACGCCUACCAAGCCACCGGUUGCUACAACUUACUCUGCUCGGGUUUUGUCCAGACUAACAGUAAAAUGGCCAUUGGAGCAGCGAUUUCUCCAAGGUCAUCUUACAAUGGUGGACAAUUCGAUAUUGGAGUGAUGGUUUGGAAAGAUCCAAAGCAUGGAAACUGGUGGCUGGAACUAGGGUCAGGAGAACUUGUUGGGUAUUGGCCAUCAUUCUUGUUCAGUCAUCUGAGGAGCCAUGCAAGCAUGAUACAAUUUGGAGGAGAGAUAGUGAAUAGUAGAUCCAUGGGAGUUCACACAUCCACACAAAUGGGUAGUGGACAUUUUGCAGAUGAAGGAUAUGGGAAAUCAUCGUACUUCAGAAAUUUACAGGUUGUUGAUUGGGACAAUAGCUUGCUUCCAUUGUCAAACCUUCACUUCUUGGCUGAUCAUCCCAAUUGUUAUGAUAUCAAAGCAGGAAGAAACAGUGUUUGGGGAAAUUACUUUUAUUAUGGUGGUCCCGGAAGGAAUGUAAAUUGUCCCUAAAAUAUUAGUGGGAUAAUGAUUCGGAGUUUGAGAUCUAAAAGUCGAAUAACUACGAUUGAUCUAUGUGAGUAGAGGUUGAUAUUAUCAUGAUUUCACUAAUAUCUUAUGCUACUCACAUAAAAUUAAUAGAAUUUGUUCGACUGUCAGAUUCCCAAUCAUCACUCAUAUUAGUAACACACGCGAGUAGGAAAAUAUACUUGGGAAUAUGUUACCAAUGUAAGUAGUAGUAUGUAUGAGCCAAAUCAUGUGUUUGACCUGUUGAAUUGAGUGGACGAUUACCUUUUUUUUUUUUUGUAAUUUUUAUAUGUCUUGAUGAAUCUAUAGAGUCAGACAAUUCUAAUGUAAGAGAGCAGAUACAUGUAUUGAUUCAUAUUCCAAGCAAUAUUUUCUUUCAUAAAGUAA